GUAUGAUUUCCGUGAACAAUCAACUUGGUCAUACCAAGUUUCUUAUCCAAGAUGUUGCCUUUAUAGAAAACGGCUUACAUGACACUGGAGCAAGAAACAGCUUGUUUGUGUUAAAUAGCUCCAUCAUAUCUUUAGUUAUUUCACAGUCACAAGUGAAGAAAAGCAAACAGCGGCUUUUAUCCAUUUAUUCUACGUGGACAGAGAUCAAUGUUUCUCAUACGACUGUGGAUGACUUUAUCAACUCUUGGCCACGCCCACAUGGCGGGACAUUUUACGUAGAAAGUAAUAUAAUGAAGUUGUUGACCAAAGAUUGUUUGUUCAGUAAUGGUCUCUUCCAAUCCUGGUUCUUCCAAUCCUGGUCAUGGCGGGCUUCUUUUUGUUUCUGCGCGUAAUACAAGCAUUCUUAUUGAAAAUUCCAUUUUAACCAAUUUAACAACAGCGGGUUAUGGUGGUGUCAUAUAUGCAACGGCCAGGCAAAAUGUUGCAGCUUCAAUGAAGUUAACUACAAAAAAUUCAAGUUUUAUCUCAAAUGAAGCAACGCAAGGUCAAGGAGGAGUUAUAUAUUUACAUAAAAAAGCCACAUCACCAUUCUUUGUUCAAGUGUUUAUCCAGAACUCGUUGUUCGAGGGAAACACUGCUUCUACAGGAGGAUGCGUAAGUGUACAAGGUGUCGAAUUUGUGUUGACUGGAAAGAAUUUAACGUUCACUGGGAAUAGUGCAGGAGGACCAGGAGGGGUCAUGAACUUAAUCGGAGCAGGUGUAAUGCGCGUAAGCAUUUCACAUGUCUUAUUCAAGGAAAAUGCCGCUAUGGCAGGACCAGGAGGUGUGUUUUAUGUGACAGCACCACAGAGUUCUAAUGACAAUAGUUCAUUAUUUAAUUUAACAGCGAGUCACGUACAGUUUGUUGGAAACAGUGCGGGUGUGCUAGGUGGAGUUUUAUACUUAGAACUUGGUUUUAGAUCGAUGUUAGUUUUUAACGACGUUGUUUUUCUAAAGAAUACUGCAGAGGCUGCCGGCCCAGGCGGUGCAAUUUAUGCGACAGGAGAUGGGAAUAUGUAUCCUUCCUUUCAAAUCUUAAUAAAGCGAGGAAGGUUUGAAAACAAUACUGCUCUCGUGGGUGGAGCCAUUUAUGUGCAAAGGACGAGUAAUGCGGAGUUCACGAGUGAAGAUUCGAUCUUUCGCUCCAAUGUUGCUUACCUUCCAGGCGGAGCGUUGUAUUUGCAAAUGUUGAACUCUACGAUAACUCUAGUCAAUACAACAUUCUCUAACAAUACAAGUGUUAGACAAGCAGGUGGUGCAGUCUAUCUGGAUAUUAGUGAUGAAAGCAAGGUUCAUAUCGCUCUUGCCAAAUUUGAACGAAAUUACGCAUUGCAUUCGUUUGGCGCAGGGCUUGCAAUAUCCACGUCUGGCGAUACAUUACGUGAAUCUG